ACUCUCUUCUUUUCUCUUUUCUCUCUCUAAUCCUCUCUAUCUUCCUCCUCAAUCCAUUCCCAUACCUCACUCCUUUGCCGCUACGCUCAUAAAAAAUCUUUUCUUUUCUAAAACCCCAAUGCAAAUUUUCACUUACGUCCCCAAACCACGAAACUGAAACAGAGAAAGAAGAUAGAGAUGGAACAGAGCAAUGGUGAAAACGGUUCAGGUGGUCGUGUGAGGUCAACGCAGUUGACCGAAGAUGAGAGAGAGGUUUUUGAUAUCCUUGUGAGAUUGCAUGACAUGGUGUUGGAAUUUGAAUCAGAGGUACGAAUACCGUUCCAAUGGGGACGAAAGAAGAAGAGAUCUGCAAUUCAACCUAGCUUUUUCCGCCGUUUCUCCUCUUCUCCGCCGCCGGUGAGUAACGGUGGUGGUGACGGAGGUGUUGUGGCGGCGGCGGUGGUGAAAGGAGAAGCUCCAAGCCCAGCAACUCCUUUGUCCUUAUCGCUAACUGAAUCUGACGAAAAGCCCAAUAACAUAUUAAGAGCCAAAGCCUCUCUCAAAAGGAAGAGAGAACAUUAUCUAAAACUUAUAGAAGAUUUGACUAAGAGCCAAGCUUCGCUGAAUAAGGAGAUAGAAAAUGUGAAGAAUUUCCGUGACCGAUUGAGGGCCUUCAAUUCGAAGUUGAAAGAAAGAAAACUAGAGCUAAAUAAUGGCCCCAAAAGUGAAUGCAAAAAUAGCAGCAUGGAAAUUGUGUGUGAAAUGCAACAAAAAUUGGGCCAUGAUGCACCAAGGAACUCAUCAAAUUCCAUGGGCGAAUAUCAAGAAAACAAUAAGCCUCAUGAAUUGCAUAAUCUACAAGCGCCAAACGCACCACAUCACAUAAGACUGAGGGUCAAUAACCAUUCUGAGGCACCCCAAUUGUGUAGCAGGGAGGGAAUUAAUCAAUUACCAAAAAAAUUGAUGCCAAUGGAAGCACCUUCUUCAUCUUCACCAAAUUCAUCAUUGGCUAUUGUCAACAAUAAUGGUAAUAGUAACAUAGUGCAACCAGUGAUUCCUGAUCUCAACGCCUUUCCUGAAGAUUUCGUUCAGGUGGACUCUUACCAGCCUUUGGAUACGACUGCUGCAAACAAGGAUUUGAGCAGAGUCAUGGCAGCUCAAGCUAGGCAGAUGAGGCUUCAGAAAAACAGGCUCAAGAAUUCUACAGCCACUAAGUCACGAUAUUCUUGUAGAUGAUACUAGUAUGCUUCUUUUCUUCUUUAUUUCUCUCAUCUAAAAUCUUAUUUUCUUUAUAAGUUGAAAGUAAUUUUGGUUCGAAAAUUAUAAUAAUCAGAUAAGCUCAUUUUUGAAUUGCAA